AUGGAAUCCGUGAACUCAAAUCGCUGGCGAUCCUCCAGGGUCGCUGACCAAUGGCCACGGGCUCGACCCCCGGCGCGCUGCGGAUUGGCCGGCGCGCUGAAAUGGCGUGGGCUUAUCGAAGGCGUCGCGGACCCGGCGCGACAGUCUGGUUGGGCCGUGGCGACAAGCACCACCCCCGAUCUUUGGGGCGCCGACACUGAACCCGAUCAGGACUGGGAAAGUCGGCUCGUCUGGUCGUGCCUGGGAGGAGUGGUCAUAGGUGCGUCACGGGGAUGGCACCGCCGCGGAAUGCUCUGUCUACCAGACGGCGUCGAGAAAGGGACGGUCGAAGCGUGA